AUGUCGAAAAAUAACAUUAAAAUCACAACAGAAAUUGAGCAAAAUUCGAUAUAUCCAGCUAGAUCUGUGAAACCAAAUGACCUCAGUCAUCUUCAGCACUGUGUUGCUUACAAUAUAGUUGUGUCAACUUUAUUGCAACAAAAGAAUUUAAAUAAUCUAAAGACUGAAGCCACUGUCGAGCAGAUUGCUACGGAUGUUCUUUCCUGUUUACUAGAGAGAAUGCGGAUGGACGGUCUCAUAUCACGUACUCGUUUAUGUAAUGAUGAAGAUGUAACUGUUGCUUGGACUUGUCAGACAUCUGUAUCGCAUUAUUUCCGUCAUUUUUUUAAUCACCGUUUUCAUCAAGAAAUAGUGGAACAGAUGGAUCAAGUUUAUCAUAAUAUUGACAGUGGAGAAAAAAUUGAAGAAGAUUCAGCAGGAGCCGCUGCUGCUUAUGCUAGCUGUUUUUAUAAAAAUGUCAGUAAUUCCUUCAUGCUAUUUGCGAAAACCAGCUUAAACAAGUAA